UUCGAACUGAGUGGUCGCCAGUAGUAAUAUUAAAACUCAUGUUGUAUUUUGUCCAGAAAUAAACGUAGAUUAACCUUGUGCGUGGAUCCGCCGGUACAAACGUGCGAUACGCGUGUGUUUGCGAUAGUGUUUGUCUGCGCCUCGCCUCGCCUUGUUGACUCUCUAGUAAACAUAGACACAUUUAAAUAUUUCAAUCAAAUAUUCGCUUAGAAAAAAGGUUCAGAUUUAUACUUUUAUCUCACACGAGUGAUGACUCCAACGAAUGGUGAGCUGGUGGACCCGCCGGAGGUGGUGGUGCUGGACGGGGGCUUCUCGUCGCAACUGUCGUGCCACGUGGGCCACGUGAUCGACGGUGACCCGCUCUGGAGCGCCCGCUUCCUCCACACCAACCCCGAAGAGGUCGUCAACGCGCAUUUGGACUUUUUGAGAGCUGGAGCGGAUCUGGUCAUCACAAACACAUACCAGGCGUCAAUAGGCGGAUUCGUGGAGCAUUUGGGCGUUAACGAGGAACAGGCGUACGCGCUGAUAGAGCGCGCCGUUGAGCUCGCUAAACGUGCCCGCACACUCUACCUCGAGGAAUUCCAAAACUUCUUACAAAAUGAUCACGUGCCGCUGGUAGUGGGGUCCGUCGGUCCUUACGGGGCCCAUUUACACGAUGGCUCCGAGUACGACGGCAGCUAUGCGGAUACAACAUCAGUGGAGACAAUGCGGGAAUGGCACCGACCACGCAUUCAGGCGCUUGUGGACGCAGGAGUCGAUCUGCUUGCGCUUGAGACCAUCCCGUGCCAAGAGGAGGCUGAGAUGCUUUGCGAGCUGCUCCGCGAAUACCCCCACAUGAAAGCUUGGCUGGCCUUCAGUUGCAAGGACAACCAAAGCAUAGCUCACGGCGAAAGUUUCCAAAAAGUGGCAAAGAAGUGUUGGGAAACAAACCCUGACCAGCUGGUGGCCGUGGGAGUGAACUGCUGCGCGCCGUCCUACGUGAAAAAUCUCCUGAAAGGCUUUAACGACGACCGACUACAUGCGCCAAUUCCACUUAUCGUUUACCCCAAUUCAGGCGAAAAAUACAACCCAGAAAUCGGCUGGAUUGACCGCGACAAAUGCGAAGCCGUGGAAGUGUUCAUCCAAGACUGGCUGGACCUCGGCGUGCGGUACGUCGGCGGCUGCUGCCGCACGUACGCCGCCGACGUCACCCGCAUCCGCAACCAGGUCGGAAAGUGGCGCGAGCGGUACCGGUUCCAGAACUUUCACCCGGAGACCGCCAGCAAACACGUCUCCUAAAUACCGACAUUACGCUCCUUUAUGACCCUAGUCGAACAAGACAAAUGACCGAAUUUAUGAAUGUUCCGAGCCUUUGAGUUACCUAAUUAGCUUUCUGGCCUAUUUAAAUGGCCGUAAGUUUUAUAAGUGUGUAAAUGUUAAGAAGUUUAAACAUUUUGAUCGAUACUGUUCAUUGUUGUAAUACCGUCGUCGUUUAAAUACCGUAGAAUAAAUGCCGGGGAUACUUUGAUUCGUGGAGUAAAAUUGAUCAACGAUUUAGAAGCUUUAAAAUUCCGAUUCUCGAAGGUGACCUUAAAAAUCUGUUGAUGUAGUUGGCAACCGUGAAGGAAAUACAGUGUGUAUUUUUGAUAUACUUAACCACAAACGUUAACUAGACAUAGAUUUAAGUGCUAUAAAACAAUUCUAAAAGAUUUUUAAAAUCUAGUCUUAACUACCAGAGCACAUUUAAUUUUUGAUCAUUUUUCAAGCGCCAAUGUAUUUCGUACAUCAUGGUCACUUGUGACGUCGCGUCAUUAAAUGCGACGUCUUGAGUUAAAACAAAGUAGUAAUACAUUACUUGCUGAAUUAUUUUAUAUGAAAAAAUAAAAGCCGUAUAUUUUUUUGUAAAACCUAUAAAAGUGUGUUCAUUACAGCCUAAACUAACUUACCUUUGAUUAUGCUGUCGUAUCAAAAAUACACACUGUAUAUUAAGAAAGCUCACUAACAAAUUCCACAUAGUUUUUAAAUCGAUGAUCAAUGUUACUCCAUGAAUGAAAGUAAUCUACGGUAUUAUAUAUGUUCAGUCAGAAAUGAGCAGCAAUGUAUGCAAUAUCAAUAUAAAUAAACGUAUUUUUCAGAAAUACGAAAAUCUAA